UCCCUCCUCGCUCGUGCCGCCUCCCGCCCGGGUCUGCAGCGCGGGAGCGCGCGAGGGAGGGUGCCCGCCGCCAUCUUGGCCGCUUUGCGUCGCUUCCGCUGCUGGAAGUAAACAGAGAGAGGGGUGGGAGGGAAGGGGGCAUCGACACGGGUGGGACGGGACGGGACGGCCGGCCGGGCGAAGGAGGCGCUGGGGUCGGCUUCGGCGGAGGGCGCUGAUGUGGCCGGAGCGGAAGCGUCAGCGCGGCCCGAGUCCCGGUUAAUGCGAAGCGCAGCAGGGGAGCCGCCAGAAUGAAACGAGGAAGGAAAACCAAUGAGGCCAACAGCAGCUCAUCUGAAGAGACAACUGAGAAAGAAUUCAAGAGACACAAGGUCAUAGAUGAGAAAACUGUAGUUACACAGAGUCCUGACUGGGCAAACCUGCUUCAAGACAUUAUCCUGCAGGUGUUUCAGUACUUGCCCCUUCUGGAUCGUGCUCAUGCAUCUCAGGUCUGUCGAAGCUGGAACCAGGUGUUUCAUAUGCCUGAUCUCUGGAGGUGUUUUGAGUUUGAACUGAAUCAACCAGCUACCUCUUACUUGAGGGCUACACAUCCUGAACUCAUCAAGCAAAUAAUAAAGAGGCAUUCCAAUCAUCUGCAGUAUGUAAGCUUCAAGGUGGACAGUAGCAAGGAGUCUGCAGAAGCAGCUUGUGAUAUUUUAUCGCAGCUUGUGAAUUGCUCUCUGAAAACACUUGGGCUGAUUUCAACUGCCCGGCCAAGCUUCAUGGAUUUACCAAAGUCUCACUUUAUUUCUGCACUGACAGUGGUGUUUGUAAACUCCAAAUCCCUCUCUUCACUGAAGAUUGACGAUACACCAGUAGAUGAUCCAUCUCUCAAAGUGCUGGUGGCUAACAACAGUGACACACUCAAACUGUUGAAAAUGAGCAGUUGUCCUCAUGUUUCUCCAGCUGGUAUCCUUUGCGUGGCUGACCAGUGUCAUGGUUUACGUGAAUUGGCGCUGAACUACCACCUGCUGAGCGAUGAGCUUCUGCUUGCUUUGUCUUCUGAGAAACAUGUCAGGUUAGAACACUUGCGCAUCGAUGUUGUCAGUGAAAAUCCUGGACAGACUCAGUUCCACACAAUUCAGAAGAGCAGCUGGGACGCUUUCAUCAAGCACUCUCCUAAAGUAAAUUUAGUAAUGUAUUUUUUCUUGUACGAAGAAGAGUUUGACCCGUUCUUUCGUUACGAAAUACCUGUCACUCACCUGUACUUUGGAAGAUCGGUAAGCAAAGACGUACUUGGCCGCGUUGGGAUGACUUGUCCUCGGCUAGUUGAACUGGUGGUGUGCGCCAAUGGAUUGCGGCCGCUGGAUGAGGAGCUGAUCCGUAUUGCGGAACGUUGCAAGUAUCUGUCAGCCGUUGGCCUAGGAGAGUGUGAAGUCUCUUGCAGUGCCUUUGUUGAGUUUGUGAAGAUGUGUGGCGGUCGUCUCUCUCAGCUUUCUAUUAUGGAGGAAGUUUUGAUUCCUGAUCAGAAAUACAGCUUAGAACAGAUUCAUUGGGAAGUUUCAAAGCAUCUUGGUAGAGUCUGGUUCCCAGACAUGAUGCCCACGUGGUAAAGUCCUUAAAAGACUUCCGGGCGGAUGGAAUAGCACCUUAAACUCAAGCUGACCAUAUUGCAAUUUACUGUAUUCGCUUAUUUAAUACUACAGUUUUUACUGUAAUUUACUUCAUUGUUUGAUUAGAAAAUUAAUUUUUCAUUCCAAAACAAUUUAUGAACUCCAGAGUCAAAAAUAGAAAUAGCUCCAAAACCCAUUUUCAUCCAUGCACAAAUCUGUUUUUUAUUCUAGAUUUGUUCUUUUUCAUUAACCGUGACCUCAGACUUUUAUGGAAAUAAAAAAUGUAUUUAAAAUAUUGAAUUGUACCUGCAAAAUAUCAGUUUUAAUAUGCUGUCCUUCUUUAACUUAGAUACUGGUAUUGAACACAAUCAGAUUUGGUCUUAAAAAACAAAACCCCACUGAAAUGGCAUGCUGCUGUUGCAGACUGUAGCAUUUCUAAAUCCAGCCACUUAGAAGGCCAGAUUAAAAGGAGUAUUUAGUAGGCUGUGAAAUAUACACAUUCUUGUAUAUAAAAGGCAAGAGCAAUAUGCAACAAUAGUAAUAUUUUAAUUGUCUAAACUCUAAGUUUACUACCUUAUUGAACAGACUAUUAGAUUCAUCUAAAAUGUAUUACAGUGCAAAGAAAUAGUAGUGCAAGCUAUCAAAAGUGUGGGGGUUUUUUGUUUUGUUUUGUUUUUUCUUUUGUCCUCUCUAUGCGUUUUAACGUAGUUUGCUUAUGGGGUUUCAGGUCUGCAUCUAAACCUGUUUUAAGGUAUUUUAUGUCUAGCUCAGGAAGCGAAAGCAUUCUGGGGAAAAAUGUAGAUACGUUGUAUUUAAAAACACAUUGGAGCUAAUGAGCUUUUCUUGCACGUUAACCAGUUUUGCAGCAUACUGUUAGAUGGAAUAAUGUAUAGGUAAUUAAAUGAACCCUGCAGUGCUAAAUGUGAUGACAUGCAUGUGAGCAGUGUGAGACAAGAAAGUUAAAAUCUGAAUGGUGAGCAAGAACCUUUUAACAAAAAUCUUAGGCCUUUUGGCUGCUUUCAAUUUGAGAGAAAUGACAUUGUAACAGUUGCUUAAGCUGUAUAAACUAAUUGUAUAGUGUAAAUCUGUUUCAGAAAUGUUUAUGUAUAAAGUGAAUGUUUGAUAGAUGAUCAUUUUGUAUACCUUUACUUCAGCUAGUUGAAUCAUUUCAUAAUAUUUAAAAACCUAAAAGUAGUUAACUUGCGUGAAGUAGAGCAAUAGACAAAAAUUUGUUUUGAAUAUUUGGUAAAUCAGUUUUAUUAAAGAAAGUUUUUUGUCUGUAGGUGGUGUAGGCAACAUUUUGCCUGUGA